CAGGGUUGUUCCAGUCCCAGCACUUGACUGUGUGAAUUUCAGCCCUUGUCUUCUUUCGGGAAUUAAUGGAUUUUUGCUGGGGCAUCAAAUUGUGAUCUAGCUCAAAUCCUUCAUCCCUCCCAACUUACAUAAGGAGGACUUUUGAGGGUCAGAGUGGAGUGCAUCUGGAGUGUGGACUUUUUUGGAGAGAGAGUUGCUGUUCUCUAGACGCUAUGAUGUGGCAAGGCACAGGACCACGGGGCUGAGAGAAGAUUUCAAAGGAACUUGAACCUUGUUUGAUUGCUGUCAUUUGGCUGAUUGAAAGCUCCAAGCGUUUGUGAGCCAGGACUAUCUUUUGCAGAAGAAGGGGUUGCCUCCAGCAGGGACACUGUGAAUAUCCCAGACCUCAAUAUGAAAGCCCCUCAGAGGAGCCCUGGCAGGGCAGAACAGAUGCUAGGAGCCAUGGCAGAUAUGUUGACAUCUUUUGCUAUACCCAGCCAGCAGUGGCUAUCGGAUCCAUGUGAAGUGACAGCAGAGCUGACGGAACGUGAGACCCUCAGCCCUGAGGGAUCGCAGACAGGAGAAAGCAGAGGGGCCAAGAAUGAGCCAGGAGACCCCGAGACUGAUUGGGUCCUGCCAGAUGCUGCUGCUGCUGCCCAGGGCCGUCCUGGGGCUUCAAGUCUAACAAGUGCUGCUAUUUAUUCUGACUUCCCCAGCUCACUUGCGACAGAAUGCUCUUUCCCAUCUGGUGAAGAAUCGUACUCAGUGACGGGAAGCGAUGGCAGCAUCUCCACCUCAGUGGCCUCGAUCCAGCCACAGCCCUCCACCAGUUCGGCUCCCAGCUCGCCGAGCUCCAAGCGGUCGGUGAGCACCUUAAAGAAAUGGCUGACCAGCCCAGUCCGCAAGCUCAGCAGCGGCAAGAUCGACCGGCAGGUGAAGAAACUGGAAAGCAAACCCAAGAAGGCGGAACGAAGGAAGAGCGUCGAUGAGCGACGGAGGAGCAUCGACCUGGGGAUCGUCAACAAAGGGAUUGAAGCUCAAGACACGAAAGGCUGGAAGGAUGGAUCACUGAGCCGCAGAUUAUCCCGAGACGAACAAACAUCAGCUGUGAUUCCGGAGUCACCGACAGCGCUUACUGACAUCCCAAAGAAGGAGGUGGAAGAACAGGAUGCUGCAGUGCAGAGUCCCAUCACCCUCUCUGUUCAGGAUGGUGCCGUGGGAUCAUUGGCUCACCCUCCAAACGGAUUGCCGCAGUCAGCGAUUACAUCGAUAGACACUGAGGAAGAAAAGAGGAGUGCCUUAGAAAAGAGUAUGUAUGUGCUACAAGAACUUGUAGAAACAGAAAAAUUAUACGUGGCCGACUUGGGUUUUAUAGUGGAGGGCUACAUUGCAACAAUGAAUGAAAAAGGAGUCCCUGAAGACAUGAAAGGGAAAGAUAAAAUAGUAUUUGGGAACAUUCAUCAGAUCUAUGAAUGGCACAAGAACUAUUUCUUAGCAGAGCUGGAGAAAUGCCUGGAGGAGCCAGAGAGACUAGCCGAGCUCUUCAUAAAACAUGAAAGACGGUUACACAUGUACGUGGUUUAUUGCCAGAAUAAACCUAAAUCAGAGCAUAUCGUCUCCGAGUACAUCGACACCUACUUUGAAGAGCUGAAGCAGCAACUAGGCCACAGGCUUCAGCUGAAUGACUUACUUAUCAAACCCGUUCAGAGAAUCAUGAAGUACCAGCUUCUAUUGAAGGAUUUCCUGAAGUAUUCGAAGAAAGCUGAGCAGGACACCACUCUGUUAGAGCAAGCUGUGGAGGUGAUGUGCUUCGUGCCUAGACGAUGUAAUGAUAUGAUGAACGUAGGACGCUUACAGGGCUUUGAGGGAAAAAUAACAGCUCAGGGAAAACUUCUUCAGCAGGACACCUUCCACAUGAUCGAACAGGAUGCCGGCUUCCUAUCACGCAGUAAAGAGCGGCGAGUUUUCCUCUUUGAACAGAUAGUAAUCUUCAGUGAGCCACUGGAUAAGAAGAAGGGCUUUUCACUGCCAGGUUAUCUCUUCAAGAACAGUAUUAAGGUUAGCUGCCUGGGCCUUGAAGACACUGUAGACAACGACCCUUGUAAAUUUGCCUUGACCUCACGUGGGACAGAUGGGAACGUGGUGCGAUACGUCUUACAAGCUACUAAUCCGGAAAUCCAGCAGGCCUGGGUUUCAAACGUUAGUCAGAUCCUGGAAACGCAACGUAACUUUUUGAACGCUCUGCAAUCUCCGAUUGAAUAUCAAAGGAGGGAAAACAAAUCCAACAGCUUGGGAAGACCCCGCGAUGCCAGGACAGCACUCUCCAUCUCAGCUGGCAUGAGGCCCCAUUCUUCUGCAUCUAUGGACAGGAACCAGUUUCCUUCAAUGAAGGCCUACAACACCUCACUGCCAACAUUGUUUCUCCCACCCAGCAGGACUGGCAGUGCCACCCUGGAAACAAAUCAGCCGCCAUGUCAUGGGAAGGAUACCCGAGAUGGAAAUUCUACCAAGGUUGACACUAACGGUCACAAACAUAGGAGCCAAGACAUGCUGGACAAGAGCAAGCAAUAAAGUAGCUUCUUGGUUUUUCUUUUCUGUUUGCUUAGAGGAAGUUAGGUUCAGGAGCGCACACAGUGUGGGUCAGCUCCCCGUUUUUAAUUCUUCACCCACGAACCCAAUUUGCUGAAGGUUUGGCGAGCUUUGGCACCUUGCAUCAACUGUGCACCUUCAACCCAAGGGUUGUGCUCCGGGACAACCAACUCCGAGUCAUGGAAAGUCAAGGGUAUUGUGCUGCCAUUGUCAUGUCACCUGGGUGUACAUUUUUAUGAUGGCUUGUCUGAAGGUCCUCAGUUGUUCUGAAUCAAUAAGUGUCCCUCUGUGGAACACCCAAACCCUGGCUGCUACCGAAGGACUGACCGGCAGGGUCCUUCUGUAGAGGGGGAUGUCUCUGAUUUGAGAUUUUGAAAGGGCAUUCUGCUGAGGGAUUUCAAUUCAGUCAAAGGACUGAAAAUCACUUGUAUCCUGUAAUGCUGAAAUGGACCAUCCUGAUCACUUAUGGAGCUUUUUAUGUUAUUUUCAAAAUAUCCAUAAGGAGUCUCAAACGCCAACACUCCAAGCAACAUCCAUGUCUGACGACACUUCAUCCCAUUAAUUGCCCUAUGCCUUUCCCAUAGAACUGAAACAGUGGAAUCAUAGUUGUUGCAUUGUCGUUGAACAAUCAAUCCAUCCAUGUAACAUCUGACAGCUCCAGAAUAUCCUUGCUUCAUCACUCUACACUGGUGAUAUCACAAUGUCAGGAAGAUUUGUGCCCAGCUCACUAUUUCCUGGCAGAUUGCACAAUGUUUUUGACUUCUGGGAUCGGUGUCUGAGCCGGCGCAAUGAGACCUCUGGCACAGGCAGGGACAAACACCAAGACCGAGAAAAGUCUUUUACUCAAAAUGCACGCAAACAUGCCUGGCCUUUUAAAACAAAAACUGUGCCAGCUUUGAGCAACUGGGGCAAAGGAAAGACAGUGCCAAUAGUACAGUUGGUAAAAGAGCCAAGCAUGAAGCAGCAUGUCAAGUCGUCAGCAGAAGGAAACGGCACUUGCCCAAAACGGGAGGGAUCCAAAUCGCCAGCAAAGACACCCGAUCAUAUCCAGUUACCGCCUGCGUGAAAAAGGUUGGCUAUCUUUUCUCAAUGUUAGACAAGUACCAAUUGACUCUUUUUGUGGUCUAAGCUUUGUAUAUGAAGACCAUUUUCAAUUUUUUGGAUCUUCUCUGGUUUGAAUUUAUAAACAUUUCUAAUGCUGCUGUACCUUUCAUUUUCCCAGAUUCUAAAUCUUCCUUUUUGUUUGAAAUUCGCAGCUGCGCUCCAUUCUGCCCCUUCCUCACUCGAGUGGUGUGCCUCGAAACCCACCACUUUGCACUAGCUGUCCAAAAAGUGAUUGGUACCUUUUAUUUUCCCAGGGCCAAGUCUUCGUAAUGGCACUCUGCUACUCCGCAGGCUGUUCAUUUCAUGUCAGUUCACCUGAAUGUCUCCCUCCCUGUGCUAACCAAGCCUGCAGGUUCUGUGCUCCUUGGUCACGUUGCUGCAGUCAAAUUGGUAAUUUGGCCGAGGGAAUGAAAGUAAAGCACCAAUAUCGUGGUAGCUGGCUGAAGGUGGAAACUCAGCAAAAAAAGGGCAGCAUCAACCUUAUAAGAACAUCUUUUAAGUAUUGUUGAGGCUCAAUCAUUAAUGUUUAGAUGCUAUACUCCAACUCUGAACUGGUAGAAUUUGAUGUUACGGUUUUAGCCCUUGGCACUUGGUCAAAAGCAUGAUCCUGCAGUCAUUCUGAUGGUGGGGGUCAGGGAUCCAUCUUGUCCCUUGACUGGACUGAGGGUGUUUCAUGAUUUUUGCCUUUCUUUCAUGAGAUGUGGGUGCCACUGGCUAACUCAGUACUUACUGCCCACGAGGGCUAUUGAAAGUGAGCCAUAUUGACCAUGGGUCCGAGAGUAACCUGUAGGCCAAGACCAGGUAAGGACAGUGGAUUUCCCUUCCUAAAGGACAUGAGUGAACCAGAUAUGGUUUUCACAACAAUCAACAAUGGUGUCAUGGUCACCAUUAAUGAGACCAAUGUUUUUUUCCCCCACAUUAAUUAGCUGAAUUAAAAUUGACCCAAAUGGAUUUGAACCCAUGACCUGAGACCACUAGCCUGGGACUUUGUGGGUAGUUAAGAGUCAAAUCAUUUUGGCUGUGGGUCUGGAGUCACAUGUAGGUACAGAUCAGGUGAGGAUGACAGAUUUCCCUCCUGAAAAGGGCAUUUGUGAACCAGAUGGGUUUUUACAACAAAUUAACAAUGGUUAUUGUUAGACUUUCAAUUCCAGAUAUUUAUUGAAUUCAAGUUUCCCCAUCUGCCUUGGUAGGAUUUGAACCAUGGAUUCUAGUCCAGUGACAUCAGCAUGAGCACUACCUCCCCUUUCUGUGAUAAUAAGAACUAGGCAAAGGAUUUAGAUGUAACCAGUUUGCAGUCACCAGCAGCUGGGAUGAGGGUGCUUUACUCCCUAGUAUCAUGUAAGGUGUGGAAGAUUUGCACUUUACAAAGUAAUCGGUGGCAGUUUGAGUUUCUCUGCCAUUUCCUGACACAAAUCAGUGCUAAGAAAAACACCCAAGAGAUAUGCAAAUUCAACAGCCUGCCUAAUUAAAGUCAAAAUAUAAAAAGGAUGUUGCUUAUUUAUCAAGAGACCAGCUAAAGUUCCUGGUUCUGUGGCCACUGAUUUCAGCUCUGGUCUCCUCAUUUUGGGAAUGCUGCUUUGUGGUGGGUUGUAUGCUCGUCCACAGCUGCUGAAAUGCCUCUGUUACCGAACUCAAGGACUCAUUUGCUAUCUGUAACCUGGGGCAAGGAGAGUGUGGGCUAUUCAAGCACAGAGACCAUUGGCAAAUGCAUUCUCCCCCAGUGUCGAUGCAUGCACAGAAAUCACUGAAUGCCCAGCGGGAAUAAGAUCGGAGAUUUUUUUUUUGCCUCUAUGUACCGUUGCUGAAACCACAUCACGUGACCAGCCUUCAGUCUAAGGAUCAGUGUGCAGACUGAAUAGUGGACUCAAUCUCCCAAGUUUUAAAAUCUACACAUAGAUGGGACAUGGGUGGCACUGGCUGGGUCAGCAUUUAUUGCUCGUCCUUAGUUGCCCCCUGAGAACCAUGUAUUUACAAGUGAAGCACCUUAAGGGCAAUACAAACCAUCAAAGCUGAGGGGGAGGGAGGGAAGGGACUAAAUCAAAAUGGAGUCAGAGGGGGGAAUAAAGCAUUGCCUUCCACAUGCCCCCCCGCCCAGUGCCCACC